AUGUUUGGCUUCAUUGCGGAUAUCCUCACCUCCGUCACCUCCGUCCUCCUCCCCGUCUUCUUCUCCUACAAAGCCCUGCGAACCUCCGACCCAGCCCUCCUCGCACCAUGGCUCAUGUACUGGACCACCCUCUCACUACUGCUGGUCGUUGAGAACCAGUUCAACUUCAUUCUCUGCUGGGUCCCAUUCUAUAGCUGGAUCCGCUUUGGCGCACACCUCUACUUGGUCUUGCCAGGUCAGCAAGGCAGCGUCUUCAUCUACAAAGAGCACAUACAUCCUUUCUUGGAAGAGCAUGAGCGGCAGAUUGAUCGAUUCAUAAGCGAUGCGCACGCCAAAGGAAAAGCAGCGGGCAUGGAUGCUAUCAAGAAAGCGAUUGAAUACGUUCGGGUCCAGGUCUUCGGUCAAGAGCCAAGCAGACCUACGCCUCCACCAAGCCGCAAUGUCAGCUACACGACGCAUCUUUUCAAUCGAUUUGCUAUGCCAAGUGCAAGAGAAGGUCUUGCGGCUGCUGGUACAACGGAUGUCUUCAGCUUGAUUGGAAAGGCUCUCCAACAGACGACGUACCCUGACUCUACCACAACGGGCGAGCAAGCACGAGAUCUGGCCAGUUCAGGCACUCUGAUUCCACCGAACCUUGCAGGCGAAGAGCGUACAGACUUUGUCAACACUCAGCGUGAGAGACUUAGGACGCUACUCCAGGCAUUCGACGCAGAGGCUUUCAAUUCAGCGGAUGCGGCCACGAGCGGCAUUCAGCCACGUUCCUCAAUGCCGCGUCCGCCAUCGAGUCGGAAGUCGUAUCUUGCGCCUCCGGAUUCAUACUUGGAGCGAUCUCGAUCAGAGUCCGAGUUUGAGGACCUAGCAUACGAGACGAUGCCCGAUCCCGAGCAUUUCAAGCCUCCACCCCCUCGCGAACAAGUACCUCGUGCGCCAUCCGGCAAGGAGAGUGGUUGGAGCAACUGGAUCUGGGGAAGCUAUGGUGAGCGCGAUUCGGCUAUCAAUCCCAAGAAAGACUUAUAG